AUGGCGUUGAAAAGCGUAGCAGUGCUGACGAAAGGCAUGUUCGGAAGAAUGCCGGCUCAGCUAGCGAUCAGCAGUGUCCCAUCAAACACAAUCCAGAAGCGAUCCAACUACAAAUUCGUCGGAAUGCCCAAUGAGACCGAUGGAACUUUGGCCGGUGAUUUGAACUACGGUCUUCACACCGUCUUCUUCACCGAGUUGUUCAGAGGAUUCGGAGUGAUGCUUGGUCACGUUUUCAUGGAGCCAGCCACCAUCAACUACCCAUUCGAGAAGGGACCGCUCAGUUCUCGUUUCAGAGGAGAGCACGCCCUCCGCCGUUAUCCAUCCGGUGAGGAGAGAUGCAUCGCCUGUAAACUGUGCGAAGCCAUCUGUCCAGCUCAAGCGAUCACUAUCGAAGCGGAGACUCGUCCAGACGGUUCCCGUCGUACAACUCGUUACGAUAUCGACAUGACGAAAUGUAUCUACUGUGGUCUCUGCCAGGAGGCGUGUCCAGUCGACGCCAUCGUCGAAGGACCGAAUUUCGAGUAUUCGACUGAAACUCACGAGGAGUUGUUGUACAACAAGGAGAAACUUCUGUUGAAUGGAGACCGUUGGGAACCGGAACUCGCUUCAAAUCUUCAGGCUGAAUACCUCUAUCGCUGA